GAAUCUCCACUCUUUCCUUAUUCAUUAGUGUAAAUUCAUUUAGUUGAAUUUUUCAAAGCCAGUGACUGAUGAAUAACGUUCUCUCCAUGGAUUAAAAAAAAAAAAAUUAAAAGAAAAAAACAUUCUGGACAGCAGACACUUCAAGUGAUGCAGUGACUGCGGAGGAGAGGAGCUGAGGAGAGAAGAGAGGACAGCGUUCAUGCAUGCAGUGUGGGGGGGAAGACUCGCACUCCCGACCACUCCACGGAGGGGGAAAAAAAGACACCGGGAUUUGUCAGCUCUCCGGGUCUUUCAGACGAGGAUAACUACGGACGCUGUAAGUUUGCCAGAAUCUGCCAUCCACCAGAUUCACGGGAGGCAGAAUUUCUUUUUCGAGACGGGGUAUUUUUUUCCCCAUUUUUUUUCUUUCUCUCUUCUUCUUCUUCCUCUUCCUCUUUUUUUUUUUAGACUGGCACGUAAUUAGCGUCAGCACAAAGGGAGACGCUGAAUAGAGGUUGUCUGCCUCUGGAAAGGGGUGAGUGAGAAUCCUUUCAUAUGAGAUCAGUUCACGAAAAGCGCUAUUCUCCCCCCCUUUCCCUCCCCUCUGCUCCUGCUCUCUGUUAUCUAAAAUGAAAAAAAGAGUCUUGGCUUUUAUCCUCCUUAGUUCUUUUCUUUUUGUUGUGGCACGAUUCCUCUUUAAAAUAAAUAAAGGCUCAGAAGAAUAACUACAAAAAAAAAAGCAAGAUUCCAGCCAGGGAUUCCAGGGAAUUUAUCUGGGGGAAAAAUAAAAAAUAAAAAAAAACCACAAAAUGAUGUAGUAUCUGAAUGAUUCAAUGGACUUUUGCCCCACUACAUGCAGGAGUAUUCAUGCUAAUGGAUUUCCUUCUUGUGGGUCUGUACCUGACGUGGCAGUUGGGGAAGCCUGUCGGAUUGAUACUGUGCUCUCUGGGAAUCUUUGUGAGAAUGUUCCCGGGGGUGGAGGCGGCGUGCCCGCGGCCCUGCCGCUGCGACGGGAAGAUGCUGUACUGCGAGGGGCUCAACCUGACGGACGUCCCGCGCAACCUGAGCGGGGCGCUGGGCCUGUCGCUGCGGGAGAACGGCCUGGCCGAGCUGCGGGACGGACAGUUCGCCGGCCUGUCGCAGCUCACCUGGCUCUACCUGGACCACAACGGCAUCGGCGCGGUGGAGGAGGGCGCCUUCGAGAGGCUGCGCCGCGUCAAGGAGCUGGACCUCAGCUACAACCGCGUGGAGAGCCUGCCCAACUCCACCUUCAGGCCGCUGCCCAACCUGCGCAUGCUGGACCUGUCGCACAACAGCCUGCAGGCGCUGGAGCCGGAGCUGUUCCACGGCCUCCGGAAGCUCACCAACCUGGACCUGCGCUACAACGCCCUCAAGUUCGUCCCCGUCCGCAUCUUCCAGGACUGCCGGAGCAUGCAGUUCCUGGACCUGGGCUACAACCGGCUGCAGAGCCUGGCGCGGAACUCCUUCGCCGGCCUGUUCAAGCUCACCGAGCUGCACCUGGAGCACAACGAACUGGUGAAAGUCAACCUGGCGCACUUCCCCCGCCUGCUGUCGCUGCGCACGCUCUACAUGCAGCGCAACCGGGCCGCCAUCGUGGUGAGCACGCUGGACUGGACGUGGCCCUUCCUGGAAAAGAUCGACUUCUCAGGCAACGAGAUCGAGUACAUUGAGCCUCACGUUUUCGAGAGUGUGCCUAACCUGAAAACCCUGCACCUGGACCUCAACCGGCUCACGCACGUCGACCAGCGGAUAGUGAACUCCUGGGCGUCCCUGACCAACGUCGCCCUCUCUGGCAACCCGUGGGACUGCAGCAGGAACAUCUGCGCCCUGGCCUCCUGGCUCGGCGGGUUCCAGGGCCAGCACGACCCAGCCCUGCUGUGCUCCAGCCCCGACACGGCGCAGGGCGAGGACGUCCUGGACGCCGUCUACGCCUUCGGGCUCUGCGAGGAGCCGGCGGUGGCGGUGGCGGCAGCGACCACCACGCCGGCGCCCCAUGCCGUCACCAACAACGCCGCCCGCGGCUACAGCUACGACGGCCCCACCAGGAACCCGUACGACCUGCAGGACGUGGAGGGCGGCGGGGUGGCCACCAGCUCGUUCGCCGUGACGGAAACCGGAGCGGACCUCGACGGCACCAUGCAGAUCCACAAGGUGGUGACGGGCACCAUGGCGCUGAUCUUCUCCUUCCUCAUCCUGGUGCUGAUGCUCUACGUCUCCUGGAAGUGUUUCCCCGCCGGCCUCAGGCAGCUGAGGCAGUGCCUGGGCCGGCAGAACCGCAAGCAGAAGCAGAAGCAGACCAUGCAGCAGAUGGCAGCCAUGUCCGCGCAGGAGUACUACGUCGACUACAAGCCCAACCACAUCGAGGGCGCGCUGGUCAUCAUCAACGAGUACGGCUCCUGCACCUGCCAGCAGCAGCCAUCUCGAGAGUGCGAGGUCUGAGCACCCAGCACCGGAGGGUGGGGUGGAGCAGGAGAGUCAAACGCACAGAGAGACGGGCACGCAGAAACACACACACGCACACACACACACACGCAGAAACA